UUCCAAUUUUCAGUUCUCCUUCUCCACAACAUGUUUAGUAGCGAAGGAAAAUUCCGAAAAACCUACCGUCAUCAGUUUAAUCAACUACGGACAGGAGAUGAGACAGAGAUUCCAAUGUCAACACUUGCGUCUCGAAUUGAAACACGAAAAAUUCCAUUGACAAACGGGCAGAUUCAUGCAAUUAAGGAAGCUCCAGAUGAGUUGGUCGAUAUUGAUGGAUUUCAGAAAAUCGUGACUUCAAAAGCUGCACAACGAUCAACAAUCAAGCGUAUCAUGUAUGACAUGGCAGAUCCUAUAAUGAGCGACAGUCAGAAGAUCGAAGUUCACUCCUAUAUUGACUCAUAUUCAUGGUGCCCACCGCCGAUUUUUAUGCUUUUGAUCACCAUCAUCCAGGUUGGAAUUUUCUUUUUCUACUGGGAAUCCGACGGUGGUAGAAGCAUCUGGACAGAUUGUGCUGGUUGUUUCGUGCACCAUAAUCAUACAGCUCCGGGAAUCUUCAUUUUUGCGCCAAAAUUGAGAGGCGAAGCGUGGAGAUUCACAUCCUAUAUGUUCUUGCAUGCUGGACUGAACCAUCUUCUCGGAAACGUCAUCAUCCAACUAUUAGUCGGGAUUCCAUUGGAAGUUGCUCAUAAAAUCUGGAGGAUCGGUCCAAUUUAUCUGUUGGCAGUGACUUCUGGUUCUCUUCUACAGUAUGCUAUUGACCCGAAUUCGCUUCUAGUUGGUGCUUCCGCAGGAGUUUAUGCUCUCAUUUUCGCACAUGUAGCAAAUGUUAUUCUGAAUUGGCAUGAAAUGCCACUACGAUGGAUCCGAGUCCUGGUGCUCUUCGUGUUCAUCUUUCUGGAUUUCGGUGGAGCCAUUCAUCGUCGAUUCUAUACAAAUGACUGUGAUUCUGUGUCACAUCUUGCCCAUAUUGCUGGAGCAGUCACUGGAUUAUUCUUUGGAUAUGUAGUACUUUAUAAUGUAGUAGAACAUCGAAUUGAGAAAAUAAUUCGAUAUGUUUGCCUAUUUCUAUACUCUGCAUUUUUUGCAACCACUAUUAUUUUUGUGAUUGUUCGUCAGCCAUAUUCCAAAAAUUUGUGGAACAACGAAAAUUGCUCAUAGAACUUAAUAAUUUUAUAAUUUUAUAUAGACAUUUUCCUCGGGUUCUAGCUUUAUUUGUAUUUGUUUUGAACUACCGCCAUACAUUCCUUGAUGGCUUUUCUGUGCUUACUUUGUGAUAAUGAUGAAGAUUCUCGUUUCAGAUCAUGUUUUAAUUAAAUAAAUUGGAAAAUA